UACUUGAUAUUUGCUUUGAACCCUGCAUUUGUGGCUGAUUUGUGCAUUAAUACCAGAAUGAUUUAUAAGCUUGCCUUUAUUUUUUCCACUAACGUUUGGUCCAACGUAUAAAAUCAAAAUAAGCACAAUAAAAGGGAAUAUUAAUUGAUCUACUGGUGCAGUUUUUACUUUAUGUACAGGGAUUAUAUAAAUAGUUGUUAUCCAUGACGAUGUUUGCUCGAUAAAUACUGGCGAAACUGAUGUUCAAUUUUAAUUUCAUAAAGUAGCAUUUUCCAAUAUCUGUCUCUUUAACGAUUAAAAACAAACAAAUGACAACAACAGAAAAUGCUGGAAACGCUCAGCGGUCAAGCAGCAAAUGAUCAGCUCAUUUGCAAGAAAACGUUAUAACCGCUGGCAGAUAAAACCUGAGCUCGGCCAAUAAGCAGAGCGCGUUAGCUCCUGAUUGGCCGAGCCUGGAAGAUCCGCGCCAUGAAUGGAGCUGUCAGUCAUUCAUUGUGACGUUAAGGGGUCCAGCGCGGCGUUCGGUUGGUUUGUGCAGAAAGGGCGGGAAAUGCUUAAACGCGGGAGUUUCUGUUCGAGUCGCCGCUCUGUCACCGCGAUUUUAUUUAUUUAUUUUCACUAUUUUUCCGUCUGUCUCUGCGCAUCGUCGUUGCGAUGGCGGAAAAUCAGGUCGCCUGCGGUUCUCCUAAGCGUGUUUCUGUCAUUAAAACCACCCCGAUUAAACCCAAACGCGUGGAUGUGACGCCCACCAGCCCCGGGUUCAGUGAUUUCAUGGUGUAUCCGUGGAAGUGGGGUGAGAACGCGCACAAUGUUACCCUCAGCCCCGGAGCCUCCUUCACCGGUAACGGCGGCAGGGACUCCCAGCGUGGGCCCGCUGGAGCCGCGGCGGCGGCUCUCGACCGGGAGCUUGAGCAUCUCUCGCAGGAUGGAACAAGACGCGGCCGCCCAAGAGCAGAGCUAAUCCGUGAUCUCAUAAAUGAGGGUGAGCACUCUUCGAGCAGGAUCCGCUGCAAUACUUGUAACCGAGUGUUUCCUCGUGAGAAGUCCUUACAAGCUCACAAGAGAACGCACACGGGUGAAAGACCUUAUUUAUGUGACUAUCCAAACUGUGGGAAAGCAUUUGUUCAGAGUGGCCAACUAAAAACCCACCAGCGCCUUCACACUGGGGAAAAACCAUUUGUCUGCUCUGAAACUGGCUGUGGAAGCAGGUUCACACAUGCCAAUCGUCAUUGUACCAAGCAUCCUUAUGCACGCUUACGGAGAGAUGAAGUAUCUAAUGGGGCAACCAAAACACAGGCUGCGGACAAUGAUGCUGUUGCAGAGUGGCUGACAAAAUACUGGGAGAUGCGAGAACAGCGCAUGCCUUCUGUUAAGAACACAGGCCAGAAGGCUGACCAGGAGCAGCAGGAUCCCAUGGAGUUCAUCCAGUCUGACGAAGAUGAGGACGAAGAGAAAAAUGGGCCACAUGCUGCAGCACGCCGCCGUAUGCAAGAGCAACGAGAGCGACUACAUGGUGCUCUGGCUCUCAUUGAGCUGGCAAACUUAACUGAAGCGUAGCUGCGCCAAUAGAUACGAUGCAAUGCAUGUAUCUCAUGAAGGGGAACUGUCUGUGGACUAGUGUUGUAUUAAUCCACUAGGCAGAAGCAAUGCACCUUAUAUUUUGCUUUUUAAUAGGCUGCUAUUACGUAGAAUUUAAGAUGAUGAAUGUUGUUGCCCUUGCUUAAAGGAGCACAAGUGUUAUGCACUUUUUGUCUGGAAGAAGUUUAUAUAAAGUUUUAGUUCAGUAAAUCAGAUAAUGUAGAGCAGGGAGGGGUAGAGAGCCUGCAAGUGUCACAUUCUAGCUAUUGCAGAAACAUAUAACCUGCAUUUAUAAUACAAAAUUCACACUGUUUGAUGGCAUGUAAGAUGUUCAGUGCCUUUCUGAGAUCUAUCUUCCAGUAAACUUCUAUUUAACACCAGCAACAUGAAGUUUUAAAAGAAAAACAGGAAGUUAAUUAGCAUUUGAAAGAGGAAAAUUUGGCCUACUUUUCAGAUAGAACACUUAUCUCAAAGUGUGGCACAACUGUUUUCAGAAGGUAACUGAUGUUGUGGAGUCCUUUUUUCUGUUGUCAUUGGUUAAACUUCAGGUUUCCAGCAUUCAGAGUAUUUUGUUUCUUGUGUCAGACAAAAUCCUGUUCUGUUCCAAUAGUAACUUCUGUUUUUCCCCCGGCAAUCCUUUUAAAAUGCACUGAGCUCUUCUAUUUGAGAACCACUACUACAUUUGGAAGGGUAGUGUAGUGAUUUUUAUUUUUCCCACCAUUAGACAGUCUUGACUUAUUGGGAAUAAAUCAUUCACUAGAUAUGGGAAUUGAGAAAAAUUGACUAAAUUGGAACCACUUUAAGAUGUAUUCUCAUAAACCACCAGUUUUCAUAAACAAGUUUUGGAUACUUGGUAGAUCUAAAAGACGUGAUGUAAACCAAGUUUCAUCAUAUUGUAGGAUAAAGCAUUUGUACCACUGAGCCCUUGUUUUAUAAUAGCCUAGCACAGGAAAUGCAGAUUACUUUGAUUUUUGGAAAGAAGGGUUAUUUGAAAUGAGUUUUUGCAUCCUCAUUGGUGUUGGAAAAUUUGUAACAUCUAAUCAGGGCUGGUUAUAAAUAAACAUUGGCACUUGUAUUGUUGUUGAAGGUGAGUGCUGCUGAAGCAGAACUGAGAGCGUAGCACUGGACUUGUUCUUUUUAGAGCACUAAAAGUAUAGGACGAAUACUUCUGUGCAAAACACAAGAUAAAUUGCACCUCUUGUGUGUUAGAUGCGACUUGUAUUCCGUCAAAUGGAUGAGCAAUCCUGUGAGAUCUGGAUCCUGAUUAGGGCAAAUAUUUAAGGCAAUGACUUGACUAAAUUUGCAGGAUUUGUUGUGUUUGACUAGGUGCAGUGUGACUUGUAUUAACUUGUACAUAACAAUUUAACAAGUACUUGAAACAGUGAGGAUGUUGCUUGCUAAACACCAACAUAUUGCCUACCCUAAUUUGAUUUCUAAAAUGCAAGCUUGGGGCUCUACAAGAGAAAUGUGGCGCUCAUUAAUUUAAGUUGUUAAAGUUUGUACCAGGUGAUUUUUGGUGAUGGAAGAAGUUUUGUUGACUUUCCUGUUGGCAACACUAAAUUGUAUUGCUGUGUGUCAGUAGUUUUAUUAUAGUCUUUGCAGUUUUGUAGCUUGCAGUUAUUAAAAUGUAAGAAGAAAACAAUGCAUCCUCUUUGUUGGACAGCUUCAAUUUGUUUUACCAUAAUCCAAUAUUUUCUGCCUUGUGCUUUCAUUUACCAGUAAGAUAUUUAGUUGCUGCAUGAAAUUUUAAAUUUGCUAAGUUGAAAAGCUUGACAUGCAGUUAUACUCUAACAGCUGUCAUAGUUGCAUAUAUUUUACACCAACAUUUUUGCAGCAUUGGCUAAAGCUACUGAGACUGAAUGAAUCUGUCAUUUUCAAAGGAAAAAAAAGCAGCAGUCUGUCCUCAGUGACCAUACAUUAAGGAUUUCUGUUUUUCUAAGCCAAUUGUGUCAAUCAGAUUCUAUUCAAGACUUCCUUCAUCAGCUAAUUAGAUUUUUUUUGUGUAAUUGAAACUUAUUUAUUUUAGAUUAGCAUUGGAUGUAGCUGAUGUCAUUUCAAUGUGUAUUUUAUGUAGAAGCUGGCCUACACUUGGAGAUGUAUAAACCCACUUUGUUGGAAACUAGCUACAGCUGCAGAUGCUGUAGCUUGUUUGGUGAGUGCUAACUCUUCAAGACAAACAUUGCAGCCAUGGCCAAAAGUAUGAAUUGCUCCUUGACUAGGCCAUUCCUACCAUGUAAUGCAUGUAAAUUGGGAGCAAAGUGCCUAAGAUUUAAAGGGAAACUGUAAUAACUUUUCAAUUUUCUAUAGUUCUGGAGGGUAUUGUGGGUUCAUACAACUCCAAUCUGUGAAAGGAACUGGAGGUAGAAUGGGUUUCAAACGGGAGUGUCUUUCCUGAGAGGAACUUGUGGUUUUUUUUAUUCCCUCAAUUUUGUUGUUAAAAGGAUUUGUGAAAUUUAAUUGCUCUGUAACCAAUUCUAAUUUAAACAGAUUUGUGUACCAGAAUAGAACUUGUAGUCAAGUUGUGUUAGUGUCACUGACUUGCAAGGUUAUUUGUCAUCUGGUCUUGCAAAGCUAAAGACUGCUGUGCAUUGUUUGUACAUUAAUAUUGCAUUGCCACAAAUGAUAUUACUAUUAGUUGAUUAACACCUUCCCCACCCUCACCUUCCAUUGCUCCUCACUCUGAAAAAUAAUUGGUUUUGUCUUUUGCAUUGUGUGCUAUCCUGUACCUAAGAUGGAAAGAUGGCUUGUCUCCAUGCCUCUUUCCAAGCCUCUACCAGGAACUGUAGGCUGGAACCUUUCCCUCUCCCCAUUUGUGUACUGUGGCCCAUGCUUUCUUUUUGGGUAACAUCAGAAUCUUGGUGUAUCCUGACAAUUCCCUAAAUGACUUCCAAGAUGUGUGUUUUUCAUUUCUACUGAUUACAGAGCCAUUAUACUUUGCAUUGCAUAGCACCACCCAGUGGUUCUAGUUUUGUAGAACAGAUGUUGCAUGACUAACUUGGUAAUGCAACUGAAUUUCAAAAGCUGAAAGGAUUUGGGGAAAUAGUUAAUGUUGAGUGUGGGGCCAGUACUGCUUUAAGUGUGAGCUUUCUUCACUACACUUAUUAACUUCACAUACAUAAAUCCCAGUUGAUUUUUGAAAUGUCAAUGUAAAAGGGAAUCUGGAAGACAAAUAGUGUCUCUUGGGUGGGGGAGGGAAGAGGUUCAUUCUAUGUUUGAAAUAACAUGGGAUUUAAUUUUGGACUAUUUAAAGCAUGUAUGUUUUGCACUUUUUUUGUUUUUACAAUGUUUCUGGUUGAAUUGUUUUUUCCUAUUUGUUCUUAAAAGAAAUGUGAUAAGUUUUGAAUUUUCUUGAGCUAAUUUCAAAAGGCUGUUUUAUGCACUCCCAAAUUUUGAUUUCUUUGGUUUAAGUAAGAAAUCCAUUUUCCCCUCUCCUUCCUCUUCCAACCUUAGAAUUUUAAUUUCUAUCUCCUUCCCCCCCCCCCCCCCCCCCCCCCCCCCACCUUGUGUGAUCGAUCAACAACCCUUAAAGCUAUUUCAGAAUCAGAUUUGUCACCAACUUGAAUUGAUUCUGGCUUUGUUCACUGAGUAUCCUGGAAAAUCUGCUGAAGUUUUGAUCAAUAUUCUAAAUAAAUAUCGGUAGUGCUAAAAAGUUGUAUUUUUCCUUCAAGUCGCAAUUUAACCCAAUGAUGCUAAAUCUUGCAUUGCAUGGAUGUAACCCUAGAAAUAGUGACUGCAUUGAUUGUCAGUUUUCAGAAUUCUGUAGAUUAUGGCACAGUUCCUGCAGAUCGGAGUGUGGCACAUGUAAUCCUAUUUUUUUUAGAAACAAGAGGAAAAAAUAAGGAGAGGGAAAUACAAGGGAAAACCACAGACCUGCUUACCUAACAUCAAUGGUGAGGAAAAUGCUGGAGGGUAUUUAUAAAGGAGACAAUAACAGGACACUUGGAAAAUAAUAGUGGGAAUAGACAAGGUCAGCAUGGAUCUCUGAAAGGGAACUUGUGUUUGACAAACCUACUGGAGAUUUCUUUUUAAGGAUAGAACUGGAAAAGUAGAUAAGGGAGAACCAGUAGAUAUGGUGUACUUGGAUUUUCAGAAUGCUUUUAAUAAGGUCCCACAUUGGGUUAUUACACAAAAUUAAAGCACAAGACAUUUGUGGUAAUGUAUUGGCAUGGAUUGAAAACUGGUUGACAGGAAAUGGAAUAGGGAAAAUCACUGGUCUUUUCAGACUGAUGGGCAAUAACUAGUGGGGUACCACAAGGAUCAGUGCUUAAGCCUAAAUUAUUUGGAUCAUGGCCAAAUGUAAUGUUUCUAAAUUUGACAGUAUCACUACACUGGGUGGGGUUACAAAUUGUGAGGAAGAUACAAAGAAGCCUUAAGGCAACUUGGAUCGUGAGAGUUGCCAAGAAUCUGACUGGCCCAGUUUAACCGGGAUAAAUGUGAACUUUUUUUUAUGGGGGGGGAGGGAAAACAAACGGUUGAAUGAUAGGUUGGAGACUGUUGAUGUAAAAUGUUUUGAUGUCCUUGCUUUCAGUGACUGAUGUACAAGCAUGCAGGUGAAGCAAGCAGUUAAGAAAGCAAAUGGUAUGUUGCUCCUCACAAGAGGAUUUGAGGAUGGGAGCAAGGAUAUCUUGCUACAAUUGUUUUGGGCCAUGGUGAGACCACACCUGAAAUAUUGUGCAGUUUUGGCCUCCUUGCCAAAGAAGGGUUGUACUUGCCAUAGAAGGAAAACUGCAAAGGUUAAGCAGACUAAUUCCUCAGAUGGCAUGACAGUCUGAGGAGAGAUCGGGUUGACUAGGCUUUUAUUUAUCAGAGCUUUGAAGAAUGAGAGGAUCAAAUUGAAACUUAGGAACUGUCUGACAGGGUAGAAUGGAUGUUGAGAGGAUAUUUCCCAUGGCUGGCAAGUCUAGAAUUGAGGAUCACUAUUUCGGUUCAUGGGCAAGAGAACUGGGACUGAGGUGAGAAGUUUCUUCACUAGGUGUGGUGAAACUAAGGAAUUCAUUACCACAAAAGGCUUAGAGGCCAGGUCACUGAUUUUUUUUUCUUAAGUGGAUCAAUAAAUUUCAAGACUCAAGGCAUUGAGGAAUGGGGGGAGGGUGGGAAUAUAGUAUUAAGGUAUUUGAUCAUAUCAAAUAGCAGAGCAGGUAGAUGGGCUGAAUGGCCUGUUCCUAUUUUCUGUGUUUCUAUGACUGCAUUGAGGCUUCCUAAAAAUGUAUUUUUAGCUAAAGAAUUGAAGGAAUCUCUAAUGAAAUUAACAACCUGGGUAACAAAAUUUAUUUUGACUCUUCUUUGAAGGAAGUUAAGGGAGUAGAUUCUAUUCAUCUGGUGAGUCCUAAAAGACUCUUGGCUCUGAUUUGAGUGCAAGUCAUCUGUAACCUAGUGACCUGAAUUGCUUCAGGAUGAUCACAUUUGAGAUUUGAAAAGAAUUGAUUUGGACACUGAUCUGCUCAAAAUCAUACUUCCAGCCAUUGCCAAUGAAAACAGAUUAUGUGGUCAUGUAUAAAACAGCUUUUGUGAUCUACAGUUGGCAUAUUGCCUACCAUUUUCCCCAGGUGAUUAACACUAAUAGAUCAAAGGGAUGGGAAUGCAGUGGGUUGCUUUGUGUUGGAAUGAGUGUUUAUACUGCUUUGCUGAUUUUUUUUUGAAAUUGCACUUGUAAAAGUAAUCCUGGCUUGGGUUUUAAGAAUAAAUUUAAAAGUAAUUGUG